GUUCUAUCUUCUAUGACUCUGCCUUGAAUAAGCUGACUGAAAGAUUGUGUUUAAUUUAAGACUGGCAAGCCUGUUUUAACAUCAUAUUGUUUUGAAUGUCAAAUCAUUCACACCAUUGAGAUAUAUUCUUCAAUAUGCCUUACGCCAACCAGCCAAAUCUUAAGUUGACAGAACUGACUGAGGAAAAUGUCAAAUUUCAGAUCUCAGACACAGACCUUAGUGUGGCAAAUUCCCUGCGAAGAGUCUUUAUAGCAGAAACACCUAUUUUAGCUAUUGAUUGGGUUCAGUUUGAAGCAAAUUCUACAGUCUUAUUUGAUGAAUUCCUUGCACAUCGUGUAGGUCUCAUUCCACUAACCAGCGAUGAGACAGUUGAAAAGAUGCAGUAUUCAAGAGACUGUACAUGCCCAGAUUUCUGUGUUGAGUGCUCUGUAGAAUUCACUUUGGAUGUUAAAUGUACAGAAGAUGUCACAAGAAAUGUUACCACAGCCGAUCUGAAGAGUUCCGACCCCCGAGUGGCUCCAGCCACCUCAAAACGAGAUGAAGAGUCGCCUGAUGACAAUGAUAAUGAAAUUCUUAUUGUGAAGCUGCGUAAAGGCCAGGAACUUAAAAUGAGAGCAUAUGCAAAGAAAGGUUUUGGUAAAGAGCAUGCCAAAUGGAAUCCAACAGCAGGUGUCGCUUUUGAAUAUGAUCCUGACAAUGCAUUGAGGCAUACAUUAUUUCCGAAACCUGAAGAGUGGCCUAGGAGCGAAUAUACUGAGCUGGGUGAAACGGAUCAACAUCAAGCUCCUUACGAUCCUGAUGGAAAACCUAGCAAAUUUUUUGUGAACGUAGAAUCCUGCGGAUCUCUCCGCCCAGAAAACAUUGUAUUGAUGGGAAUCGCCAUCCUUAAGAAGAAGCUUUCAGAUCUACAAACCCAACUAAGCCAUGAAGUGCAGAAUGAUGCUCUGGCCAUUAACUAACUUGGUUUUAUUUUAAGUAAUUUUUCUGGAAUGAUGUACUCGAUCAAUGAAAUUAAUACAUUAUUAGUACACUUAGAA